UGUCUAUUUUUAGUCUAUUCCAGGCAGUAAUAGCCCACCGCGAGUAGCGUUGUCAUUCGGAGCCUAUUUUUAGAUCACACAAUCCGCUCGCGUUUGCGUCAAUGGAAUCCCUGUGCGUCAUACACGAGGACGUGAGAGCGUGGUUCUGGCCGGAAAGUUAUCCGCCCCAAUCACCUUAUAUGGGGAAAGAAACGCCCCUUGAAGACGUCACGGCAAAAUAAAAUUGUCUCUAUAUAUCUCACUGGUUACUUCAGUCAAGGAGCUCAAACUGUGUUUGGAGAUGACAGUGAGCCCUUGGUGCAAUUUAUGAUUACUGCCUUCGUGGAAUAAAAGAAAGUAAAAAGACAGUUACAUUGAAAAUUGGAUAUACAUGAAGCAGCAAUGCCCUGCGUUCAAACUCAGUAUGGAAGCUUGCCUUAUGAAAAUACCUACUUCAACUCUGAGUUUUUGAACCCAGAUUUCACCGCCAAGCUGGUCAUGGACCUCAGCAGUCAUACGGACCAGCUCUCUGCUGCCUCUCUCCCUAGUAUCAACACCUUGGUGGGAGACUACUCCGGGGAGUUUGACGCUUUUGCCUGCCAGAUCCCACCUGCCACCUCCACUUCGGCCCAGGCUGGCGCUGGGGCCUCUAGCCCCCAUGACCAGCAGUCCCCCCUCAAGUUGGAUGACCUCCAGGUGUACGGCUGCUACCCAGGAACAUUUGCCCUCAGCUACCUUGAUGAGACCCUGUCCUCCUGUGGCUCCGACUACUACGGCAGUCCUCUGUCGGCAGCGGCCUCUCCCCCCACCCCAGGCUACCAGACACAGCCAGUGUCUGCCUGGGAUUCUCCUUUCACCUCCUACUCCCCUGGCCCCGGCUGCUGGGUAUCAGACAAGCCCAGCCUGCCGCAGGCCCCCUCAUUUUUCACCUUUAACACUCCGGUGGAGCAACCCUCACCUCUGGACACCACUCAGCAGCCUUCUCUGGCGGAGGAGGACCCAUUCUCCCAGCCACCCCAGCACACCUCGCCCCAGCCCUUCGGCCACCUGGGACUGGAGCAGGGAUCCCUGGACAGCCCACUCUUUAUGGAGGGCUCCCAUGCCUCCCCCAAGACCAGAAGCCCAGGGUCCAGCGAAGGGCGCUGUGCAGUGUGUGGGGACAACGCAUCCUGCCAGCACUAUGGUGUGCGAACGUGUGAGGGAUGUAAAGGCUUCUUCAAGCGAACAGUACAAAAAAAUGCAAAGUAUGUGUGCCUAGCCAACAAAGACUGCCCAGUUGACAAACGGCGGAGGAACCGUUGCCAAUUCUGCCGUUUCCAGAAGUGCCUGGCUGUUGGCAUGGUGAAGGAAGUGGUGCGCACAGACAGUCUUAAAGGUCGUCGGGGACGUUUACCCUCAAAGCCAAAGAAUGUUGUGGAUUCAAACACCUCAAACCCUCCUGUGAAUAUCAUCGCGUCUUUGGUCAGAGCCCACAUAGACUCCAACCCCACCAUGAGCAAGCUUGAUUACUCCAGGUACAAGGAGGCAGUGGAUGGACUAUCAGAAAAAGAAGAUGCCAGUGACAUCCAACAGUUCUAUGAUCUGCUCACAAGCACUAUGGAUGUCAUACGAAAAUGGGCAGAUACAAUCCCAGGAUUCUCUGCAUUUUGCCCUGAAGACCAGGAGCUACUCCUGGAGUCCGCGUUUGUGGAGCUAUUCAUUCUUCGGCUGGCCUACAGGUCAAAUCCCGAGAAAGACAAGCUAAUCUUCUGCAAUGGUGUGGUGCUGCAUCGCUUGCAGUGUGUUCGUGGUUUUGGUGACUGGAUUGACUCCAUCAUGGAGUUCUCCCAGAGCCUUCACCGCAUGAACCUGGAUGUAUCCUCCUUCUCCUGCCUGGCUGCCCUAGUCAUUAUUACAGAUCGCCAUGGUCUCAAAGAACCUAAGCGUAUCGAGGAGUUUCAGAACCGCCUGCUAGCAUGCUUCCGAGAUCAUGUUUCCAACACCAAUGCAGACUCCAGCCAAGCCCAGCCCAGCUCUCUGUCACGUUUGCUAGGGAAGCUUCCGGAACUGCGGACACUGUGCAUACAGGGCCUGCAGCGCAUCUUCUACUUAAAGCUGGAAGACCUGGUGCCACCACCACCCAUUGUGGACAAAAUAUUCAUGGAUACCCUUCCUUUCUGAUGGACAGACAACAGAACAACACUUCAGAGAGUGAAAGGAGUGAGAAGGAAUGAAAGUUCUGUGUUUUUACAGGAGAUAUUAAUGUAUGUUCCCUAUGAUGGGAAAGGACUUUUGUCUUGGACUUGGUUGCAAGGAAAAAAACACACAAAAAAAUCUCCCCCAGAAAAGAAAGCGAACACAGCCAAAUAGGUCAUGGAGUACUUUAGUGUCGUCUCUAGUGUGUUUCAGUGCAUUGAAUGAUUGACAGAUGGUCCUUUUGAUCAUGCCUCCUGUCCCAGAGACAACAAGAAGUGUGAACUGAGACCUUUUCUGUUUUUUACAAAUGAGUUUCUUUUCCUUUGCAUACUGUUCACCAAGAGUGCGUUUUCUGUCACUCGUCCUUUUUGUGCGAAUUCAAAACAGCAAAUGGUGACAUCAAAGGGCAUUUCAGUUACACUUUUUUGUCUGUUUUGUAUGAAUGCGUGUUUGUAAUUUUAGAGUGGCUUCAGUGCUAUGCAAAAUGUGCUCAUGUCUUUUAGUAUACUUUUUGCACGUUGGAUUUUUCUGAGGUUAUAGGAAUGGAAACCUAUUAACACAAUGCUGUUUUUUGAAUUACAAUCCCGGGAUAUUGUAGAGGCCUACAGUUGUACUAUUAGUGCAGACAUAUAACUACAUUAGUAGAGACCAAAACGAAAAGAAGUCUCCUCAAACCAUGGCAGCAAACACAAAUUGGUCCCUCAUUUCACAAGGUGGCAUUGUAGGUCAUAUAUGUGCCAUGAUGCCUCACACAACAUCACAUUUCUCGGACCAAAGGAGAGCUGUUUGUGUCACUUGACAUGGUACAUAAAUCUACUGACACACUGAUGGAGUACAGCAACACCCAGAAGCCUUAGACAGACCUCCUGCUAAUUAGCCAGCAUUAUUAAUUUAGAAUAAAGGGCACAUAAUUCCCCACUGGCAGCUAUUCAGCUAUGAGUCAAAGGUUACUGCACUAAAACUGAGCACAUUCUAUUUUUCAGUCUGGACAGAACACUUUUGCCAGCCCCAUUAGUACCGUGCCUUUACCAACACAUCACAUACUUUGGCUCAUUUACGGCAUUUCAUUGCAUUAUGUUUAUCUUUACAUUUAAAUUGUAUUUUUUUUUUCAAAUGCAGAGCAUUACCCGUCAGAACUGUUUGUGACAAACCAACUCAUAGUGGAUAUUGAAAAUGUGCAUGGUACGAAAUCCUUUGCCAUUUUUCAAUACUUCAAGGCAUUUAAUUUUAUUAUUCCACACAUCCGGUGCUUGACAUUGCAUUUUAUCACAACUGUAUGAAGUUCUGUUUGUCUUUCUGAAUAAAGAAAAGAAAAUGUUUUCUGUAGUGAGUCUCCACUGACUGGUUCUAAGGUACUGAUGAAGUGGUUUGUCCCAAUGAGCAGGGUCAUACCGCACCCUCCUGUGCAUAAGAGUGUAAUCUCUGGUCCGUUUGCCUUACAAUACUGUAUUUGCCUUGAUGAAGACAUACUGUGUAAUGUACUAUCUUGUUACUUUAAGUUUUAGUGAGACAAUUUUACUCAAAUGAUUUCACUGUAAGAUGUGAAGAUAUGAGCAGCUAUGGAUUUUUUGCCAUUACUCUCUAUUGUGUUUCCAGACGGGCUAUUCCUACUCCCUUUUCUAUGUUUGUCAUGUAUGUAUGUAAACUUAUAAAAUAAAUACUUUAUAUUUGUGAGUUUUA